ACAAAUAAAAUGCUUGUAAACAAGAUUUCUCUACUUUCCUAAAAUUGUUUAACAAAAAAUAUUAAACAUUUCUCAUUAAUCAUUGUAUUUAUUUUUUGUUUUUAUUAAUAUUUAAAUGUAAUAAAAAAACACAAUUUUCAUUUAGAAAAUGCAAAAUCCAAUUGAAAACCCUACAAGCACCUAUGAAUAUGAAAUGAAACCAAUCAAAAAACCAGUUCUCCAUCAUCAUCAUCCGUCCAAAACAUUUAAAAAUAUUUAUCGUACAUCACAUUAUAAAUCAUAUAAAUAUGCCGAUAUUGGUUUUACAAUAACAAAACAAAAUAAAAAAUAUGUUGCACAUUGUAGAAUUUGUAAUCGGACUCUUGGAAAUACAGCUUAUGCCCGUUUAAAGGGUCAUAGAAACAUUUGUCGAGAAACUCCUAUGGAAGACAAUAAUGGUACAGAAUGCCCACCAUAUCCAGUUACUAGUAAUGAAACGUUCAUUACAAAACAGAACGAUAGUCUGUCACAGAAUUGUAUCUCGCAGGCAUCUGACGAUAAUUCGAGACUGACUUUCAAUGUUACACCGAAAAUAGAAUCAGUAGAUUGUCAACUAAGUCCCAAUCUACAUCCAUACGAUAAUUCUGAUCAGGAAUCACAACUGCUAAACGAAGAUAAUCAAUUAAAGUUAAAUAUGAUUGAAGUUCUCUUGCCUAUCAAGUACAACAAAAAACUAUUACUCUUGACUGAAAACACGAAGAAGAGCGUUGAUAUGUGGAUGGACAUUUUAAAAAAGGCGCAAUCUCUGGGCCUAGCUCCUACAGGCGUUCCUUGGACUUAUGCACGGGAUUCGCUAUAUUCAGUUUGGAGACAUCACACACUUCAAAAAAAAGGUGCAAUCGAAUCUGGUGAAACGAAUGUUAAGUACAACAUUGUUGAUCUUACCAUUUGGCAAAUUGAAAAUGAACCAAUGUCGACUGAAGAUUCAACUUUUGACCUUAAUAAUUUAUAUGAAACUGCCAAUAAUUCUAUGGGCGAUAAAGAAACAACAGAAAAUACAAAUUCAACAAAAAUGAAUUGGAAUGGAGAAACGAACACUACCAUUGCCACUCAAACAGAAGAUGAAAUGUACAAAGCUGAUUUGAGAUUAAAAUUACUUCAAUGUGAAUCGAUGGAAAUUGAAAAUUACAAACGCAGUUUAGAAACUUUGGAAUUGGAAAGAAAACUUCAAAUACCUAAUUCAAAAUUUUCUGCAAAGUAUUUUCCUACAACGCAAAUUCAUUCGAACCAAACAAAUGAUAGAGCGAAUAGAAGGUGGUAUGAGGAAACAAAUAAUGAUAAUAUGGUUAAGAUUGAAUUAGACGAUUAGCAUCACAUAUCUAAUUUUUUUUUUUUUUUUGCAUUAAUAUUCAUUAAGUCGCUUUAUAACAAAAUCUAAUAAGAAACAUUUAUUUAUUUUGGAAAAUGCUAGUAUUAAAUACAAAUAGUUGUAAUUGUUUAAAUUUUUUCGAAUAAAAUCUUUAUCGCUAGAAUA